AUGCAAAUCUUUGUAAAGACCCUCACUGGCAAGACCAUCACCUUGGAGGUCGAGUCCUCUGACACUAUUGACAACGUCAAGACCAAGAUCCAGGACAAAGAAGGCAUCCCCCCAGAACAGCAGCGCCUUAUCUUUGCCGGCAAGCAGCUUGAAGAUGGCCGCACCUUGUCUGAUUACAACAUUCAAAAGGAAUCCACCCUUCAUUUGGUGCUCCGUCUCCGUGGUGGUAUGCAAAUCUUUGUCAAGACCUUGACUGGCAAGACCAUCACCUUGGAAGUCGAGUCAUCCGACUCGAUUGAGAAUGUCAAGACCAAGAUCCAAGACAAGGAAGGCAUUCCCCCAGACCAGCAGCGUCUUAUCUUUGCCGGUAAGCAGUUAGAGGACGGCCGCACCCUUUCUGACUACAACAUCCAAAAGGAGUCCACCCUCCACUUGGUGCUUCGUCUUCGUGGUGGUAUGCAGAUCUUUGUCAAAACCCUCACUGGCAAGACCAUUACUUUGGAGGUCGAGUCGUCCGACACCAUCGAUAACGUCAAGACCAAGAUUCAGGAUAAGGAAGGCAUCCCUCCGGACCAGCAGCGUCUUAUCUUUGCCGGUAAGCAGUUGGAGGACGGCCGCACCCUUUCUGACUACAACAUUCAAAAGGAGUCUACCCUCCACUUGGUGCUUCGUCUUCGUGGUGGUAUGCAGAUCUUUGUCAAAACCCUCACUGGCAAGACCAUCACUUUGGAGGUCGAGUCGUCCGACACCAUCGACAACGUCAAGACCAAGAUUCAAGACAAGGAAGGUAUUCCCCCAGACCAGCAGCGCUUGAUUUUCGCCGGCAAGCAGCUUGAAGAUGGCCGCACCCUCUCCGAUUACAAUAUCCAAAAGGAAUCUACCUUGCACUUGGUGCUUCGUCUUCGUGGUGGUAUGCAGAUCUUUGUCAAGACCCUCACUGGCAAGACCAUCACCUUGGAGGUCGAGUCGUCCGACACCAUCGACAACGUCAAGACCAAGAUUCAGGAUAAGGAAGGCAUCCCUCCGGACCAGCAGCGUCUUAUCUUUGCCGGUAAGCAGUUAGAGGACGGCCGCACCCUUUCCGAUUACAACAUCCAAAAGGAGUCUACCUUACACUUGGUGCUUCGUCUUCGUGGUGGUAUGCAGAUCUUUGUCAAGACCUUGACUGGCAAGACCAUCACUUUGGAGGUUGAGUCGUCCGACACCAUCGACAACGUCAAGACCAAAAUCCAGGAUAAGGAAGGUAUCCCCCCGGACCAGCAGCGCUUGAUCUUUGCUGGUAAGCAGCUGGAGGACGGUCGCACCCUUUCCGACUACAAUAUCCAGAAGGAAUCCACCCUCCACUUGGUGCUUCGUCUUCGUGGUGGUUUCUAA